ACAACUUUUCCAGAGGAACUGCACAUCGAUUCCAGCGCGUCCAGGAGCCUUUCACCAAAGUGCCGAGAUUUGACCAGACAGCAGAAAACACCAGUGAAAACGUGACGAGGAAUCAGCUGAACGACAUUACUUUGUCUUUCGGCGUAUACAAGUUAGUUUUUCAUCCUCGCUAUUUAUAUUUUUGCCUUACAACUGCCGUCUCUUUUUUUGGAAGUUUAAGAUGAGGAAUCUGUGGUUGUUGUUCCUCGUCGGGCUGGCGACUGGGUUUAUCAGUGAAAAACUUUUGGUCUCCUCCCAGUCGCCAUUUUCCACUGCAGAUGACCUGUACCUAGAGGGCCGAUCAUCAGGUGACCUCCCCAUAGAUGAUGAAGAUGGUGAAGAUUACGGCUCAGGCUCGGGAUCUGGAGACUAUGCUUUCGCAGAUAAAGAGGAGUUAUUCAGGUUCCUCAACUUCUCUCAGGCCUCAGACAGAACCAAAGAAAUGGUUCCAGUUCAGCCACAGCCAACAGCAGACUCUCCUCACAACCCACCAACCACAGCAGCGGACAGCCAAGAUCAAACAACCACAGUGAAGACAACAGCAUACAUAUUCCCUGGUGGAGACAACACAGAUCAGGAGGUGCCAGGUAUUGGCCCAACAGCUGACUGGUUUACGAAGAGUACCAGCACCAGCUCCACCACUGCUGAAGAUACAGACGAGGACAACAGUCUGGACAGGUGGGAUACCACGACAUCCAGCGAUAAUGGAGAAGAAAUUUUGAUGAAGGAGGAGGACAAUGACAUUCUGACCAGAAAUCAAGGCAGAAUAUACGAGAUGGACUCUCCUGAGGAGGUGACCUCUGAGAACUUAUGGGAGAGGACGGAAGUUCUGGCAGCGGUGAUAGCAUGUGGAGUGGUUGGAUUCCUCUGCGCGGUUUUCCUCCUCCUCCUCCUUGCCUACCGCAUGAAGAAGAAGGACGAAGGUAGCUAUGACCUUGGGGACACCAAACUUUCCUCAACAGCCUAUCACAAAGCGCCUACCAAGGAGUUUUACGCCUGAACUGAUCAAUAGGGACUUAAAAUGGAAUCUGUCACCUGCCAGUCAGGGCUGAGAAUGGAUCUAUAAACAGCUGAAGAUGAUUCCUCUUGUUGAAGUUUGAAGUCGAGCACCUCUGCUCUUCCUCAGUGCUCCUUAGAUUUUUUUUUCUUUUAUCUUUCCUAUGUUCCUCCUCUGCCAUCCUUUCAACUUUUUCCCUACAUAAUGUUCAGUUAUUGUGAAGAAGAGAACAAGUAAGACUAUUAAAAUACAUUCCUCAUUCUAUACUAAAGAAGGAGUUAGACAUUUAAUACACUUGCUAAAUUUUACAAAAGCAAUCUACCCUUGAGUAUCACAGCAGAAAAAAAACAUUCUAGUCUAGGAAAGUAAUCCACUUUAAAGUAGUGAUAACGUCGUGCCUUUAAACCCACAUUGCUUCUUCAAGCUGAACUGGAAUUGGAUUUGGUUCUGCGUUACAGACAAAUCAAAUGUCCCAUUUAGCAGAACCGAACGGUCCUAGCUCAGCGGAACGGCAUGAGGAAGUAAACGUAUGAAUAACCUCAACGCAUUUUGAAUGCUCUUAAAUGAAAUGAUGCCACAUGUGGGAUUAAUAUUACAAAGAACCCUCAAAAACCUUUAAACGUUGAUACCCUUUACCUUUUAUUUGUGGUCAGAUUUGCUUUGUUUGUUAACAUUUUGCAUUGUUACAUUUCACUUUCUGUACACUUUGCUGAAUUUAAGUGUUGUUGUUUUUUUUUUUUUUUUGGUCAUUAUAAGGAAUGAAUAUGUUUUUUCAUAUGCUGUCCAGUAUUGGUAUGAAAGAUUUUGUUACUCUGCAGGUACAUAUUUUUGUUGUUUUGUCGUAGAUAUUUGACACUUGUAGAACUGACCAAAUAUAAAUGUGCUUUAUUUGUCUUUUGGAAAAUUAUUUUUAGUAGCUUUUUUGAUGUGCAUAUUUAGAGAUUAUAUUUCUUUAAGCCAUUUUUUAAAGAAGAGAUUACAGUUUUUUCAUAGCAUUCAUACAGUGAUAGCCUUAAACAGGUAAAAGUCCCUCAACCUUGCAUCUGUCCAACAUUAGUAAUAUUUUCAGGGCUAUUUUAUGUGGUGACUGGGUGCAGCAAACAUGUGGGACAGGGCUGCUAAGGUAGAGCCAAGGCUAAUGACUAUAAUUCACAAACCGUAGAAGUGACCAAUGUUGUCUGACAAAAGCCAAAGCACAUUCCUGUCUUACUGUCAACUGUAUACAGCUGUAAUGGUUGGUUUGAAGUUAAAGGGACAGUGACAGCAUUUAGUGUUUCUUACAGUUUAUAGAGUCAGGGUUUAUUCAUGCAGCAGGGUUUGAAAGUUAAAUUGCAAUCAAUUGCAGAUUUCUGUUUCUUCUUAACUGUAAUAAGCAGUGUUACCCACAGGGAAUUUCCAACUCUGUGAUGGUUAUAAUGCUAGUCUGAGUGUAAACAUGUCAGGUUUUAAACACGUUUCCUAAUUCUCAGUCUAUACCUCAACCAACCAACCAACCAACCAAAGGAGAGUGGAAUCUUUUAAGAGACUUUUAGAGCUUCUGUAAGGAUACAUUUAACAGCAGUGACAACAGGAAUUUUAUCCAGCUACCUACCGCUUAUUAUGUGUCAAAGAAGAAAAAUGUUCACAUCAGCCUCUUUUUGAAAUGGGUGAAAAGUUGUCUUGAAGUGCUAUUUGUGGCCUUAUAAUCUUGAUGAAAUGGUCAAAUUAAAAUUUUUUUCAAUCCUGCUUUGGUUAUCAAUAUGAUGAUGGUUGAUACAUACAGAGAGGUGGUGGUGGUAAAACUAUGAGUAGACUUGCCAUUUAUCUACACAUUGUCAUCAAAAUUACAUUGAUUUCAGAUUGUUUAUUUCUGUUGCUCUGAGUUUUUUGACUUUGAGUUUGAUGUUGCAUAACUGUUGAAUCAGUAUAAGCAUUUCCUUAUAGGAUUGUAAUGGCCAUUUUCCCUCGUUAAAGGUCACUGCCCUUAUCGGUUCAAUUUUUGUGUUGAUUAACACUUUGAUUGCCUUCAUGCGUGAUGCUACGUUUAUCUUUUGUGCUUUAGUCAAGGCUACAUAAUAGUGUUUUCAUGAUAUAACUGCCUUGGCCAUAAUAGAGCUAUAACUGAGUAUUUUACAACAGUUCUAGACUAUUUGAAUGCAAAACUACCUAUUCACUAUAGCUGGAAUAAACAGGACGAUCUGAUCACUAACCCACUGUGACUUACUGUUGAUAACGUUAUACUUGUUGGGCAUUUGAAUCCUCAGUGCCUCGCAAUUCAUUGUCUACAUUCAUUUACAGUAUUAGUGUCAUGUUUUGACCUUCGAGCUGUACAGAACCUCAUCUGUAACAGUUCUGGUCUUGACUGCACUGUGCCAGUGUGGUCUGGAAAAAAAACUGACAUUUCUGUUUGUACUUACAAUGGAAAUGUUUGACAUAAACCGUACCCAUAGAGGGUUAAGACAACGGGUCGGCACUCAAACAGGUGAUGACACACAAUAACCUUUGUCUACUAGGAUCUCUGUAAGUUUAUACAGUAUGUUGAUGAUACUAUAAUUUAUAUGUAUUAAUUUAUACUUGCUUAGACAAUAGUCCAGGUUAAUAUGUCAGUGAUAAAUUGGGAUUGUGCAGUAUUUACUCAUGGUCGAAGCAUCUUUGUGCCUACUGCUCAGUUUUUGUUUUUUAAUAUUUAUGUUUUUAGAGUAUUUGACAAGCUUCAUUUCAAUUCAUUUUCAAUGUCAUUAUCAAUUAUCUAGCUUUUUAAAAAUGCAUUUUUUUCAUAUGAAUGGCUUUAAUAAUUGAUCAAAGUAGAAUAAUAAGUUCCUUGUAAAUAGUUUGCAGCUUUAAUUUUCAUUUUGAUAAAAGUUGAAUAUGAAUUGAUGGAAGCCUUGAGUUAACAAAUAAUCACCAACACAAUGGUGAGGACCAACCAAAAACCAACUUACCAAUAAGGUGUACGUGCGAGAGGCGGCCUACAGAGAACUGUGUUGCUGAAAUGGUGUAUCUUAUGAGGUUCACUACUGAAUUAAAGAUGUGGCUUUAAUGCAAUGCUGAAA